CGAGGGGCGCAUCCUUCUCGCCUGCAGCCACAGCGGCAGGAGCUGUAGCAGGCGCACCGGCAGCGCGGCAGGACAGCAGCAGCAGACGGACAUGGGGACGGCGCUGGCGGCGCGGCUCGGCCUGGGGCUCCUGCUCAUGGCCCUCCUCCUCCCCACGCAGAUUUACUGCGAUGCCAAUGGAACAAGUCCAACACCUUCAAACAAUUCUUCAGCAAGUUUCACUUACUCGUCAGCUGUCACAAAUUUACUGAACAAUACCACCACUCAGGGACAUGGAAAUUCCCUUCACUCAACCACAAGUCUUCUUUUCAUUCUCUCAGUUUCUCUUCUGUAUUUUUGCUGUUAAGAAACUCUGGCAUGGAAAUGGCUACCACUCCCACCCAGUUUCCUGAACCAUCUGAGAUGGCUAGAUCUCUGACCCAGCAUGAAAAUAAACCAGACCAAACUCCGCAUCAAGCCAGUUUGGUUCCACUCCAUACUCAAAUUAGUACCAGUCUGAUCUAGAGAAGCACUCAGUAUUCUGACUUUCCAAAGCUGAUCAGUGUGAAAGACCAACUUCAGCAAGAGGGUAAAAUGAUGAGCUCUUCUACCAAAUGAGUUGGAAUUUGAAACACAAGAUGGAAGCAAAAAGAGACAGUAUUGACACCCCCUGAUUUAAAGCUGAGAAGAAAUGCAGUAUCUUAUAAUAAGGAUGGAUGAUAACAUUCCACCAAGAAAAAAGGCUGAAUAGUUAUUUACCAUUGAGAAUAAGAAUUUGAAGAGAUUUUAUUUUCCAUUUAAAUGUUGAAGUCGACAGGCUCAUAUAACCACUAGAAAACACAGAAAAGCUCGAAUGGUUCCGUUUCUUGCAGAGCCUAUAUUGUUAUGACCUAUGUGUAGUAGGAUAUAUGCAAAAGAAACAAAAUAUCAGUGAGAAGGAUUUCUUCUAUAAUUUAUUUGAAUGAAAUGGUUACAAGGUUAAAAUGGAUUACCAAAUUUGUGUUAGAAUCCCCUUUAUUUAACCUCUGAGUCCUAAUCAAAUGGCUAGCUGGGCAGGGCUAGUUUUGAAAUGACUAAAGCCUAUUGGUUUUUGUCACAGUUGAAUUAUUUACAGUGGAAAUUUGAAUUUGAUAUUUUAUUUAAAUUGUUUUCAUAUUAAACCAUAUGUGCCAGAAAAAUGAGGUGUGGGAACACUGGGAAAAGUACCAGGAGCUUUUUGUAAGCUAAGUUCAGACAAAACCAGAAAAAAGUCAAAGAAUAAAUAUCUCCUUUUUCCCUAAUUUCUCCUCCCUAGUUCUACAAAUUGUGUAAGGUCUUUUUGCUCCUGGAGCUUUCCUUAAUUAUGAAGGAUUUAUGGAAUCUCCUGAGUAAUGUUCUAAUGUUGCUUUUUUUUUUUUUUUUUUGGCACAAGGUGAAUAGCUUGCUGGUUUUUGGUUUUGUUUGGGUUUUGUUUGUUUUUUUUGUUCUGAAGAGUUUUAAUUGUGAUAGUUUACUUUAAACAUGGGCUAAUAUUUGUGUGGGGGAGAAGGAAUGGGGAAAGGAGAGCAAACCGCCAAAAAUAAGAAAUUAAAUGACCAGGUGUUUGGAAUAUGAAGACUGGAAUCUUAAUUUAAUCAGUGAAUUUAAAAGUUACCUUUGUAAAUACUACUUUUUAAAAAUUUUCUGAAUCAAAAUUGCUACACUUGCACAGAUUGUUUCUGUAUCAUCCAACACUUUAGAUAAUAGAAUCUGGUACUUGAUCAGGGCAAGCGUUGUUGAGGAGGUUCAACUGCCUUGAUGGUAAAACCUUGUCAGAAAAAAAUGAAUAAUGUUGAUAUGAUCACAUGUGAGUAUACAUGAUCACAUUGCUGUGUACAGAUAGAUAUUGUGGUAUAAGAUCAUGGCAAACAUGAGUGGCUCUCAAAUUACCUUUUCUUUUUUAAGACACACAUCUCUCAGUUAUAUUACCACCAACCCAGAAUAUUACAUCUUAAUAGCGAACUAACACAAAUUCAUGUCAGAGAACAUGGACGUUUCCUUAUGCUUAUCAUUUGUAUCCAGUAAAAUGUUAAUGAUUGUAUUUUUGUGUUUGUGUAAUUAUGCUUUGAUUUAUUAGCUACUGAUUUUCAUUGGAAAAAACUGUAAAUAAACCAGUGGACAGGCAAUGCAUUCUAGAUACACUUCCAGACACUUUUACGAAAACCUGUAAGUUGCCUGCUUAAAGUGAAUGAACUGUUAAGCAAGAUGGUAAAUGUGAUUAAAAACCUCAAGGUCUAGAA